GUUUCCCCGGUCCCUCCCUAGGCAAACACGAAACUCACCCUGCCCCCUGCCCCACAGACCGAGAGCGCUGACUCGGUUCAGUGUUGGUGGUGUUUAUCGUCUGUGUGCCAAUGAGAAUCUGCCCUCUCCUUCGGGAAAAACGUCACUAGUGGGCAAAGGGUGAGGCAGAGAGAUCGGUCCUUCCUUCCCACCCUCACUCGGCCUGCACGAGGAACCCGUCGGGUCUAAGGAAGCUUUGCGAGGGCCGGAUGCGGCCACGUGUGUAGGAAGUGGCUGGUACGGUGCUGGCCUUUGCGGGGCGUGCCAAGAAAUGGCACAGCGCCCCAUCCUCUGCACCCUGGGACGGCGACUGCAGAUCCGGGCUGCAGGAACGGGACAAAUCAGCGGAGACAAACGAGAGGCUGAACCUAACACCUAGCUCCGCUAGCUCCACCCGGCAAUUAUCUUGCAGUGCAGGGGGCGUGGCUCUAGGGAGGGCGGGUCCGCGCACGCGCCGCGUCUGAGCUGGGGGGUUCCGGAACUGUGACUCUGAGAAAUGAGAUGGAGAAGUACGAGCGGAUCCGUGUGGUGGGCAGAGGUGCCUUCGGGAUUGUUCAUCUGUGCCUGCGCAAGGCUGACCAGAAGCUGGUGAUCAUCAAGCAGAUCCCAGUGGAGCAGAUGACCAAGGAAGAGCGGCAGGCAGCCCAGAAUGAGUGCCAGGUCCUCAAGCUGCUCAACCACCCCAAUGUCAUUGAGUACUACGAGAACUUCCUGGAGGACAAGGCUCUUAUGAUCGCCAUGGAAUACGCACCAGGCGGCACCCUGGCUGAGUUCAUCCAGAAGCGCUGUAAUUCCCUGCUGGAGGAGGAGACCAUCCUGCACUUCUUUGUGCAGAUUCUGCUGGCGCUGCAUCACGUGCACACCCACCUCAUCCUGCACCGGGACCUCAAGACCCAAAACAUCCUUCUAGACAAACACCGCAUGGUUGUCAAGAUUGGUGACUUCGGCAUCUCCAAGAUCCUUAGCAGCAAGAGCAAGGCGUACACGGUGGUGGGUACUCCAUGCUACAUUUCCCCUGAACUGUGUGAGGGCAAGCCCUACAACCAGAAGAGUGACAUCUGGGCCCUGGGCUGUGUCCUGUAUGAGCUGGCCAGCCUCAAGAGGGCGUUUGAGGCUGCGAACCUGCCAGCGCUGGUGUUGAAGAUCAUGAGCGGCACCUUUGCGCCCAUCUCUGACCGGUACAGCCCUGAGCUGCGCCAGCUGGUUCUGAGUCUGCUCAGCCUGGAGCCCGCACAGCGGCCACCACUCAGCCACAUCAUGGCGCAGCCUCUCUGCAUCCGAGCACUCCUCAACCUCCACACCGACCUGGGCAGCGUCCGCAUGCGGAGGUCAGAGAAGUCCCUGGCCACCGGGCCACCCAUGGCUCCUGGCGGCACAGGGAGCAGGACCACCAGCGCUCGUUGCAGAGGUGUCCCCCGGGGACCCGCACGGCCAGCCAUUCCGCCACCGCUGUCGUCGGUAUACACGUGGGGCGGCGGGCUCAGCGCGCCGCUGCGGCUGCCGAUGCUCAACACAGAGGUGGUCCAGGUGGCAGCCGGGCGCACGCAGAAGGCCGGCGUCACGCGCUCUGGGCGCCUCAUCCUCUGGGAGGCCCCGCCCCUAGGCGCCGGAGGGGGCGCCCUCCUCCCGGGGGCGGUGGAGCAGCAGCAGCCCCAGUUCGUCUCCCGUUUCCUGGAGGGCCAGUCGGGUGUGACUAUCAAGCACGUGGCCUGUGGGGACCUCUUCACGGCCUGCCUGACUGACCGAGGCAUCAUCAUGACCUUUGGCAGCGGCAGCAAUGGGUGCCUAGGCCAUGGCAGCCUCAAUGACAUCAGCCAGCCCACCAUUGUGGAGGCCCUGCUGGGCUAUGAGAUGGUGCAGGUGGCCUGUGGGGCGUCUCAUGUGCUAGCCUUGUCCACUGAGCGAGAACUAUUUGCCUGGGGCCGCGGAGAUGGUGGCCGGCUGGGACUAGGCACCAGGGAGUCCCACAGCUGCCCCCAGCAGGUACCCAUGCCCCCAGGACAGGAAGCCCAGCGGGUUGUAUGUGGCAUUGACUCCUCCAUGGUCCUCACUGUGCCUGGCCGAGCCCUGGCCUGUGGGAGCAACAGGUUCAACAAGCUGGGGCUGGACCACCUCUCCCUUGGGGAGGAGCCUGCCCCACACCAGCAAGUGGAGGAGGCCCUGAGCUUCACACCACUAGGUUCUGCCCCGCUGGACUGGGAACCCCUGCUGAGUGUGGACCUGGGCACUGCUCAUUCAGCUGCUGUAACCACCUCUGGUGACUGCUACACUUUCGGCAGCAAUCAGCAUGGGCAGUUGGGUACCAACGCGCGCCGGGUCAGCCGGGCACCGUGUCAAGUCCAAGGCCUCCAGGGCAUCAAGAUAGUAACGGUGGCCUGUGGGGAUGCCUUCACUGUGGCCAUUGGGGCAGAAGGUGAAGUGUACUCUUGGGGCAAAGGGGCCCGAGGUCGCCUGGGAAGAAGGGAUGAGGAUGCUGGACUCCCUAGGCCAGUGCAGCUGGAUGAGACACACCCCUACACAGUGACUUCUGUGUCCUGUUGCCAUGGAAACACUCUCCUGGCUAUUCGCACGGUUACAGAUGAGCCAGUGCCCCCUUGAGGCAGCUGGAUACACCUCUGGACCACCCUGAUAUUGCUUCUCCUGUGAAUGUUCUUGAAAAAGUGCAGGUGCCUCAGGCAUGACCAGCCCCCUGGAUUGUAUCAUCAAUGGAGUAUAAGAACCAGUAAAGCCCCUGCUCUGCUUUUGGCCCUGGAUAUGUAAAACUCAACCACUCUAUUCCCCCAACAUCCCUUUUUCCCCUCCCCACCCCUUCUUAUCUUUAGUUAAUGUCCCCAAGUUUCAGCCUGGCUAGAGUUGGAGGCCAGACUUAAACUUUGGAAGCAGGGUGGUCUCCAGAGCCUCUGCACAAAAAAGCUGGAGGUGGCUGUGGCUCUACCCAGACCCUGCUCCUUCCCCCAGUCCAGUUAGGAAAUAAGUCCCUGGUGUCUAUUGGGAGAGCAGCUCGCUGCUUUGGAGUAGGGCAAGCCAGGGCCUGCCUGGACUGGCCAUUCCAGCGGCCUAGCCCCUGCAUUGCCUGGGGCAGGGAGGUCCCAGGCGUGCUGCCACCUGCCCCUACUCCUAUAUCCUGAGGCAGGGGUUUACACAAUUUCUGAAUGCCUCCCUUCCCCUGCGGGAGUGCAUGGGCAGCAGUGUACUGCAGAGGGGAUCCCUGCUGAACGUUGCCCCUCACCCCAUGCCAUUCCCUCAAAGCAGGCUGGGAGAAAGAGCAGCUGGUUGGACCAGACUAGUUUCCCGAUGACUGGGAAAUAGCGCCAAUAAAAAAGUCAGCUGCCUGCCUAAGAGUGUGGUCUC